UAGGCGGACGAACAGACAAAAUGUGUGAUAUAAAUAGGAACUUUUUAGUUAUAUAUGGCAACACAAAUGAAUUCGCAUGAACGCAAGAUGGCUGCCAAUUUAUGUGAACGCAAGGACGAGUAGAAAACUGAUAUGCGUUUGUUAGGUUUUAUGCCGUUUGCAUUGUGAUAAUAGCGUUACGAAUAUUACUUUUUUUUGUUGUGUAUGUGUUUUCGUGAAAAUUGUUAAGUUAUCGAUGGUUUUGAAGUCAUAUGUGCAAUAUUGCGUUGGAAGGCAUAAAAAAUGUUUAGUGUUGAAUUGUGAUUAUUAUUUAAGCAGUGAGGAUCUCCCUUGGGUUGUAAUAAUGCCUGUUGUUGGAUGAUACCGGUGAUUACAUUUUCGCGGCAAUGGAAAAGGCGAAGGCGUACAUAAAGAGCUCGCAAAACGUAGGCGGAGGCGGCGGCGCGGGCACGGGCGCCUUGGUCGCGGGCAAGUCUCCCGCUUCGCCCGCUCGCCGCGACCCGCCUGCUGAAGAACGCGUGUGCUUCGUCUGUGGUGUGGCUGGCUUCAGCGACCAGUACACCAUCAGAGUGAAACCUGAUCCGCAGAGCUCCGAACCGUACUUCCCUUUUCUGGGAGCUGCCCACUCCGCCCCCACUGGAUACCGAACUGAGGGUGACGAAGAAGGGACUGUACGCUGUUGUUAUGUUUGCUACACCCUCCUCCGGCAGCAGUGGGAGCAGUACGACAGAGAGAACAAGCCGCAUAGUCAACGGUUCUAUUGGAUGAAAAGGCUCGAUGGAAAACCCUUCAUUGGUGCAGACAUGACGUUCCAAGGCGAAUAUGCAGCGCAAGUGCUAGGACUGGGCGCCGAGGCGAACGCAACCAGAGAUGAGCCAUCCAAUGCCUCCGUAGCAACUCCUCGACCCGCGUCCCGUGCGUUACCCGACCCGCCGACCAGAACCGCCUCGCCAAAGAAGGAUACCAACCACACUGCCAAAUUUAACAAUCAGCGGUAUCCUGGCGGCGGCGUGGUCACUGGGGCAACGGGAGGCGGCGAGGAUGAAGGCGUUCUGGACCUGCGGGCGCGCGACCCUUCCGUCAUAUCCGUUGGCUCACAGCACUCUGGUGCUUCAGAGCCGGCCGGGUACUUGGAUGCCGUGAGGUCAACGGUAUCCGUGUACUCUGGCAACUCGACAUCCAGCUCUGAGCGAGACAUCUUAGACCUGUCGAUGCCGGAUAAGAACUGCAUGACGGAGGUGUGCUACGUGUGCGGCGACGAGUACAAGCGCGGCACGUUGUACAAUCUGCACACGAAGGAGCCCAAAGAUAAGAGUGUCUCGAAUAAACAACCGUACUUUCCCAUCUUCGGCGAGCAACACCCCCGGCCGCCACGCUCCCGGCCCAAGGACGCGCAAGGAACGGUGCGCGCCUGUGCGGCCUGCCAUCAGCAUCUAGUGCAACAAUGGAAUGCUUACCAGAUGCGGGGCGUGCCCGCACACGAGCGGGUCUACACACUACGCACGCGGCCGCCUUCGUUACUCCCCCCGUCCCCCCUCAGCCUCGCGUCUUCCGGCGACAAAUCCAUCGCAACCCACGCCCAUUCGCCCUCCCUAGACCGUCCCCCGUCCCAGACCACUGCAUUCGUUUGCUACGUGUGUGGAGUCUCAGCGCCGAGUUCGCAGCUACGGCUUGUGUAUUGCUGUUCCAACCCGGAAAGAGAGCCUUUCUACCCGUUUAUAACGACGCUGAAGGCGCAUCCUGACGCGAGUCCAAUUAGUCCACAAGGAAUGGUGCAGAUAUGUGCAUCGUGUAAUAAAAGUAUCCCGCACAAGUAUCCCGCUUAUGGUGAUAGUGGAGACGCCAACGCAGCUGCCAACAACUCGCAUACAAAUAAUAUUAGAUUUAAGCCGUACGAAUUGAAGCCGGGCCAGACGGUGAGCAAUAAGCGGCCAUCGAGCGCACUCGCACCAAGUCCGCACAGCCAAAUCAUCGCUGAAAAUGGGAUGGGACGGUACCGGUGCUACGUAUGUGCGGGCCUAUACCCCCAACAGUCCAUGGAAUGGCUCUCGACGAACGCGGAAUACAUGAACUCGCACGCGAUGCAUUUCCCCUGCUUAGCAGGCGCGGGCGCGGGUGCGGCGGAGAGCGCGUCGCGCGGGGGACGCGUGCUGGCCUGCUCCAGGUGUGUGAGGCACAUGGCGCGCCAGUGGGAGCUUAUGGACGCUGAGAGAGUACCGCUAGAACAUAGGAGAUAUAACAUACCUUCACCAAUGCCGUCGAAUUCGUCGCUGAAUGGCGAACGAGUCAUACCCACCCCACCCUCUACAACCUCCGAUAGAACUGUAGCUAGUCAUAAUGCAUGCACGUCAAUCUACUGUUACCUGUGCGGCUUACACUCUGAUCUGACGUUAGCUCGAGUGCUGUUUGGGCAGCCACAGGGCAACGCACCUUACUUUCCCUGCUUACUCACGCAUCAGCAGCAUGCGAACGCAGAGCAGCUAAAGGAGAAUGGUUCGGCUCUAGUCUGUACAUUCUGUUACCAUUCGCUGCUGAAUCAGUGGAGAAGGUACGAAGCACUGGGCGGGUGUCCUGCGGAGCGACGCGUGUACAACACGCACGAUUACCAUUGCUACCUGUGCGGGAUCAAGACCUAUAGGAAACGGGUGCGAGCGCUGCCUAUCAAAGAAUUUCCCUUCCUCAUGCAUCGAAGAACGGAGAACUCUUUGCUCCUGGAAAAUGGGGACUAUGCUGUCGUGUGCCUCGACUGCUACGAGAGCCUAAGGACUCAAGCAGCAGAUUACGAGAGACGCGGUGUGCCCGUCGAAAAGCGAGAGUACAACUGGUUACAACAACCACCGCCGCCGGAGGACAGCGCUGAGGUUACCAUCGCGAGGCUACCCUCCGGCGACCGCUCCGAGAAACUGAUCCCGCAAUCACUAGUGGUAUCCAGAAGCAAGCGACACAGUCCCAAACAACCCACCGUAGAGAGGCGCGCGUCAACGAAGCUCGAAAAACCCGAUUCAGGUGUGAGCGCAAGUAAAAUUGCCAAGCGAACGGAUCUGGCGCCCAAUAAGGGCGGUCCUUUCGCGGCCGCGUUACGAACGCUCGCCAAAAACGCCGGUCCCGACGUCAAAGACGGCACGGCGACACCCAGCGCGGAGCGAGAAGGCAACAAGGACAAGCCGCCGCCUGCGCCGCCUAAGCGCGCCUCGCCCCACCAUCUACCGACUAGCGGCUUCCAGCCCUACCGACCUGACGAUCGGUUAGCGCACCCAGCGGCAGCGUCGUUUCCGUUAUUGGAGCCGGCGGCUUAUUCGCACUAUGCGCAUCCUUCCAUCUACUCCAGUGCGGCUUUACAAUACAGACUGGCUGCGGAGGAGCAGAUGUACCUCGAGCGCAUGUUCCGCGGCGGCGUCGGCGUCGGCAUGGGCGUCAGUUGGUUGCCACCCUACACGCUGUAUCCACCGCUGGCACCGCCGCUGCCGCUCGUGGCACACGCGCCGCACGGCCACCCGCAUCAGCACCCGCCGCACCCACCGCAUCCACCGCACCCGUCGCACCCAGCGCACCCGCCGCACCACGCCGUGCACGACGACAGAGAAAAAGAAAUCGCGCUGCAAAGGGAGAGAGAAAGGGAACGAGAAAGAGAGUUAAGAGAGCGGGAGCAGCGGGAGAAGGAGCAGCGGGAGCGCGCCGCACGCGAGAAGGAGUCCCGCGCACGUGACGCGCUCGCGGCCGCCGCGCUGCACGCGCCGCUCGCGCCGCUCGCGAUGCCGUACACCAUGCCGCGCAGCGUGCCGCCGCUGCUGUACCGCCCCUACCGGCCCUACGCCUACGAGGAGGAGGAGGAGCGCGCUAGAUCGAGCAAAGCGAGCCAGCCAGUAGCCUCAACCGAAGAAGAAACGACAUUAGCUAAUUUGGAGCCCAAUACCACAUCUAAUUCACCCAUAGCUAAGCCUCCUGAACCUUCAAAACCUGAAGAACCACCACCUUUUUUAGAUAAACCUCAUUUUAUACCACCUAAACCUAUGUCACAAUCACCAAAAAUUUCGCCGUCUUCAAUACCAAAUCCAAACCCGAGUGUCACUACUACAAAGCAAGUUGAAUCAGGUUAUUCAAACUAUGGUGGCUUUCUUUAUUCAGUACCCGGCUAUUCAGCUUUUCAACCGGUUUCAUAUCCAGGAAUAGUAAAGCCAAAUGCAACGGUGUUAUCUCAAAAUGAAACCACUAAAUCUGAAUUUCUCGCUUUUUCUACAUCUGUUAAGGAAACACCACCAACUAUUUCUGAAGAAAAAACGAUUGAAGUCAAAACACCGGAGAAGCAAGCACAAGGUGAAAUAUCUAAAACACAUACAGAUUAUAAAGAAAAAUUUACUGCCGAAAUCGUACCUGUCGCUUUAAAUAGUGAAACCAAUAAAAAAUUGGUUUCAGAACCAAAAAUCAGCGAACCAGUAAAUCAAGGGCCAGGUGCCGUGAUACCUUUACAAAUAUCUGAAAACGAGAUCAAAAAGAAACUACCUGAAAGAUUUAGUCUUAAAACCAGUAUACCCAUAAGUAAAAUAGAUAUGAAAUGUGUAAGCAACUCUACAGAGUCUUCAACUUUCCCAAACUACUCACAUAAAAAGCCUUUUAAUCCUGCGUUUCAUACUCCAAAUAUAAAAGAAAAUGGACCUAAAAUAGAAAUACAAAGUAACAUAGUCAUAAAAAGCGCUGUAAAGGAAACUGAUGAAAAAGAUAAAGUUAUACAAACACCUUUAAACAGUAUAAACACAUUAAUAAAUGCUGCAGAGGCUAUAAAUAAGACUGAAGCACAAUUUAAAAAACCCGACCCUAAGCCUGAUCAAUCGAAUGAAAUUAAAGAAACAUCAUUUACGGCUCCAGCCGUGAAAGUACAAACACGACCAAUUUUUAAUCCUCUAAACAUAGAAACUAGCAAAGCCAGCUUAACAUCAGAUUCGUCUUAUAACGAAACAAAAAACCAAAUUGUAUUUAUACAGAAAAACAACCCUGCCAAUCCUAAAAUGCUGCUAACAAUUCAGCAGCAAAAUCCUCAUGUACUGCUACAAAGAACUGAUUUCAAUCCAAAAAACCUGGAAGCUCCUUCACGACCGUCCAGCCAAACAAAAAAAUGUAAAGAAGAUCUCGUCAAUGAAAGUGGAACAUCUUCAAAAGUUGUUUCACUAAAGCGUUUACAUCAAGAUAACUGUGACGAGAAUGACUUCGAAAAUCUGAUUACUGAAAAUCAGAUUUAUGGCAAUAAGAUAGUCGUGAAGGAGAAAUCACAAGGCACCUUGCAAGAGCAAGACUUAAAAAAUAAGGUCAAAAGUGACAAACCCAAUUCUACAGAAUCCAAAAAUGUUGUUUUGCAGCCAAAUUUUGUCUACUUGAGCAAUGUUCAAUUUCCUGCUAAUUUAAUGAUGAUAAAAAACAAUAACAAAGUUAUUCCUGAUAUCAAUAAAACGAGAGCAACAACUAAUGAAAAUAAAUUUAACGAAAUUGCAACCACGAAUUUUAGCAACGAUUCAAUUAUAAUAAAUAAUAAACCACUCGAUAAUAAAGAAAUUCAUGUUUUAAAAACAAACAAUAAUGCAAUACAAACACUUUCCAAUAAAAAUAAUAAAACAGACUUAGUUUUCCAAACAUCUAAUCAGAAAGUCAUCAUGAAUCCUCAAAUAGUAUAUCAAGUGCCAAUGGUUGUAGAUUCGGAUAGUAAAUUGAACCAAUCAUUUGUAAAAGGUGAAUAUCCAACGAUCAUGGCCCCACAUAGAAGAGAAACGCAAAAGGCGUUCGACCAAGCAAAAACAAAUGACAAACUUUUCAUUACUUGUCCAUAUCAAAUGGACUCUAAACUGCAGCCAAAGAUUGUGAUAACGAACAUAAGGCCUAAAAUACCUAAAAUAGAAGAAGUUAGUUCCCUGGACAUAUAUGAACAAAGAAAAAAGUUACGGAGAUUAAAGUAUCUAUCGAACCGUGAUGUAAAAAGCGUCCCCAAUUUAAAUGAAUCCCAAAAACCGGAAUCAAAAAAGAUACAAGAUUGCGCUAAAAAUAUUAUAACCCCGGAAAAAAUGAAAGCAGAAAUCUAUAAAGAAUUUGCGAAUACAAAAAUUAUAAUACGUGAGGAUUGUAAUGACAGUGACAGUGAUUAUGAAGAAGAAGAUUUACUAAUAUAUAAUUCCUUAAUAGAAGAAUAUGGAGAUCCUCAGAAGAAUAACGAAUCUAGAGAAAACGAACAUAGUAAACUAGAGUUUCUGGCUCAUUUAAAUUUAGCCUCUCAAAACGAAUAUAACGAAAAAAACCUACAGCGACAGGAAAAGAUUCUUAGAGCAGACUCUGUAGCAUGUGCUUAUAUAGCUGCCGGUAGAAUAGACUGUCUUCCUCAGGAAGAAAAUGUGUCUCAAAAAUCUAAAUAUUAUUGCAAUACUACAGAAACAUACAAUAAAAGACCAGAAAAAGAAGAAUGCCUGAGUGAAGAUCAACAUUCAAAACGAAAUUUUAUGAUUGGUUUGAUGUUAAAAAAAGUUACACCGCAGCAAAAGCAAAAUAACGAAAAAGUGUGGCUAGAAAUUGAAAAAGAGAGGGAACGAAGGGAACGUCCUUCUGAAACUGGGCAAACAUUAAAGAAACCGACACUUCAGUCCAACAUCGGUGAACUAGAUCCGAAGGGUCAGUUACAAAUACUCACUGAAAUAAAAAAAUGUGUAAACGAGAACAAUAAUCUUAUUAAAAGACGUUUAGACUUACAUGGUGACGACGGAGAAAGUAUUAAAGUUCUUGCUGAAAAGAAUUUCUCGGAGCUGAAUAGAUUAUCUAAAAUGGCAGACAGAAGUGUAAAACAUUUCAGCGGUCAAAAUACAAGGAAAAGAGACUUGAACCCUGGAUUUGAUAGCGAAAACAUCCAAACAAGUACGAAACCAGGAAAAUACUACCCCGACAUAAAUAUUCCAAAUAUUUCUAAAAUUAUUUCCUUAAAAAGUACCCAAAGUUCUUGUUUAGUAACAUCGACUCAAGCAACUUCUAUGGAUGAACCACAAAACUCUGCUGCCGGCGUUAACGAAAUGUUCUGUGAUAAUAUGCAAAAAGUCAAAGACUUUAGCUGCCAAGCAGACACGAUGAGUAGUUGGCCAGGAAUUGAAGUUAUUAUGAAGAGUUAUAAAGAAUAUGAAUCAGCUCGAAAAAAAGAAAUUGUGGACCUUCACAAACGAAACACGAACUUGCGAGUGGAAUCUGCUCACAUUACUCGCGCAGCAUCGCGGGACUCCGAUAGAGCGAGAGCAUUACUCGCCGAACGAAGAAAUUUGGCCAACGAAGAACGCAGUGUUCGAAACUCUAUACAAUGGCUGCACACAAUGGUCGAUCUUAUCAGAAACUAUGAUGACGAAUGCAAUUAAAGGAUUCAAAGCUUUAAAUCGUCAAAAAUAUGCUUCCGACUUGUACUAUACCUUACAACUUUUAAGCUUUUAAUCCAUAUACCUAGUAGGUAUAUGCCU